AAAUAUGAAUAAAACAUGACUUAGACUUGAAAGUAACUGAGUCAAACCGUUACUUGUAUUUAAAUCACAUUCUGCUUACUAUACAUUAUCUAAUUUGUUUGGUUUAUGCUAAACCCUAUUUUUAUUUUUAUUUUUAUUUUUCAAUACUCUUUUGUUUGUGUUCAUUAUAUUUUAGUGUAUGGGUUUGAUAAAUAUAAUAUGUUACUCGCAGUAGACUAUAGCAACAAGUUUGCAGAAUUACAACUUAAAUUUUAUCCUCAAUCUUUCUCUAAGAAAAGAAAAUUCCCGUCUAGAUUUUUCCAAAAAAAAUGAAAGAAAUAUUUUCAUAAAAAGAAAAAGAAUUUAAUAGAAUAAUUUCUACCUUAGAAAAGGGUAGAAAAAUCUCCAGUAAAAACCAUAGGACAUCAAUGCUACUGCUUUCCUUUUAAUUGAGAGAGACAAAGAAAAGGGACCGAUAUCAUACACAUAUAUACGAAAGGAACACUGAAAUAUUAAGCAGUGAAGUUGAAGACUAAUAUAUAACAGUGUCUCCCUCCCCCCUUUUUCUUUUCCUUUAUUUUUUUUCCUUCAGCACAGAAAGCGAAGCUUCUCUUUCCAUCAUUAUUAUUUCCCACCUUCUUUUCUUUACUUUUCUCUCUCUCACUCUCGUCUUCUUCUUCUUCUUCUUCUCUAUUUUUGUUUACUGCAUAAACAUUACAUUCUCUUUUUCAAGAACACAUACAGAACAAAGGUUAAGAAAAAGCAACAGAGAAAGAAAAGAAAAAAUAAUGGAAUUUGAUCUUGAAAAUCCAUUGACGAGCUCGAAUGAACAUCAAUCUGAUACUAUCCCAGAUCUCUUUGCCUCUGAAUCUGAUCAUAUGCCUUCAAGAGACUUCUUAAAAUGCUUAAAAACCUGCGACUUUUAUUCUUCCUUCCGUCAAGAAGCCAUUUCUCUCAUUUUACAGGCACAGUAUACUUGCAACUUUGAGCCCUUCUUUGCUUACCUUGCGAUUAAUUACAUGGAUCGAUGCGUCUCCAGGCAAGAAAUCCCGCAAGGAAAGCCGUGGCUUCUUCGCCUUCUUGCAAUAUCUUGCCUUUCAUUGGCAGCAAAGAUGAAGGACACACAUUUCCCACUCUCUAAUUUGCAGAGAGAAGAAAGUUUCAACUUUGACAUGCAAACCGUUAGUCGAAUGGAGCUACUCAUUCUUGGGGCUUUGAAUUGGCGAAUGAGAUCCAUAACACCUUUUUCUUUCUUGCAUUUCUUCAUUUCUUUAUUUGAACUUAAAGAUCCACCAUUAACACAAGCUCUCAAAGAUCGAGCGACAGAGAUCAUUUUUAAAGCUCAUCACGAAAUCAAGUUACUAGAAUUCAGGCCAUCUGUCAUUGCAGCAUCAGCUCUUCUUGUAGCAUCCCAUGAACUAUUCCCGCUGCAAUACCCUUCUUUCAAAUGUUCAAUUUUCUCUUGUGAAUGUGUAAAUAAAGACAACCUGCUAAGAUGCUUAAAUGCGCUGCAACAAAUGGUGGAAAUGGUAUGGUAUGAGUCAAUGUUGGAUACUGUUUCAAGCACAAGAACACCAUUGAGUAUACUGGACAGGCAUUGUACCAAAUCAGAAAGUGAGACCACCAGCAUCACUACAGCAACUGCACUGACAGACAAGAAGGAGAUCAAAAGAUACAAAACAAUUGGCUACCGCAGCAGCGAGUGACAAUAAUGAUUAAUGACGGUCCAGCUUAAUUUAAUAGAUACAAACAGAGAAGAUAAUUACUCCGGUCCAUUUCUCAAGCGCAAUUAUCAGUUAUGACCGCCAUAGCAGAACCUACACAUGGAUAGCUUGAAACAAGUCCCAUCUUAUUCGAAAAGAAAAAAGGAAGAGGUGUUUGGGAUUCUGGAAUGGGGUUAGAAGGCAUUGGGAAGGCACCAAGAAGGACAAAACAGAGCUUUGAAUGUAAUGUCACCUUGUUUGUGUUUAGGCUUUUGGGUAAGGAGUUUGGUUGUGUCUGCUACCUGGUGGCAGGGACAGAAUUACAGUGUUUUUUUUUUCUCAAUUUUUUUUCUUUUCCCUGCUUAAACCAAAGGUGAACAGUGUAUGUCCACCUUUAGGCGCACUUCAUUUAAUUUACUUUCCUGGUGAGUCCAAUGGCAUACCCUA